GAGGUAUUGCCAGAAGAGAGGGGGUCGGUGGAGUAUGGCCAGAGGAGAGGGGGUCGGUGAGAUGACAGAUGCUUACUGAACAAAACUGCUGGUACCCCCUGCUGCUACGCUGCUCUAGUUGGCUGACUGGAUAUGUACAGGCUGACACAUCUAGCAACACCUCCAGGUGUGCUUAUGAGCUGCACACCAAAGACAACAGAAAGAAAAAAAAAGGAACUGUGAAAUGAAGGCAUUGUCUGCAUCUUGAUAAGAUAACCAACAAGGAGACUACUCAAUAAUUGACUUUUGUAAAAGAUGUUCCCCUGGUCAGCAGUGUUUUCUCUGGAGCCGAAAGUGCCUGGACAGCGUACGGCAGAAGAACUAGUCACCAACACUCUGAUGCUGGAGCUGGGUGCCAUGGUGAAGCGCACCGAACGUAUCCGCCUGGAAAGGGUGACAAAAGAGGGCCGGCGCCGGCGCAGUUCUUCCUCCGCUGACUACAGCUGGCUGGCCACUGCCCCCACCCACCAACCCUAUGAGCUGACCCCCCGAGACCUGAUAGAGCUGCAGGACCUGUGUGCCAGGGUGCCACCGUCUCAGUGUGGCCCUGUCAUUGUUAGGUUCAGGAAUCUGGUGACGGAGAUUGAGCCGGAGGUUCACGAGGUGGCUCGUCUGUUCCGCACGGUUCUACGUGACUGUGUGGAGGGAGAAGAGGAGAACGAGGAGAUGAGGAUGAGGUCAGCCGGCUGGGACAAACAACGCAGCAAGAGCCUCUCCUUUGUAACCUUCCGCUCCAAGUUCCGCCCCGCUCCCUUCAGGGGUGGGGGCCUGGGCGGGUCACGUGGCAACCUGCAGGAGGAGUCGAGCUGGUACGAGGAAGACGAGGUGGAGCAGCAGGAGGGAGCAGCAAACGUGGCGAGAGCGGCCAGGAAGGGGAGGAGCAUGAGCAUGCCUGAUAUCACCCCCAUCGAACAGAGUGCACAUGGCUGAGGGAGGGAUGGAGAAAGAGAAUAGGA